GGAAACAGAGGCUUUGUGAGUCAAUCCGUGUCCAUCAGCGUUACAUUACUCAGUGCGUCGCUCCUCCACAUGGCUACACCCUGUCUGUCACGAUGCGGUUCCUGCACCAGCAGAGGGCAGCAUAACAAUAUGGCGGAGGAACUAACAGUGUGAACUUUGCGUGUGAAGAAGAAGAAGAAGACGAAGAAGAAAACGAGUAGCCCAGGGUGGCUAGCUGAGGUCUAGACAUGUCAGAGCACUGACAGGAAUGCUAACUUGUCCGCAGUAGUUAGGGAGUUAUCAAGAAGUGUCUGGGAGCUCAUAGGAGGGAUUGUAGAGCACGAAACCACCCGAGGCGGGGCGUGUUGAGGGCUGUCGAACCGGUGAACCGGAACCGAGCCCAGAGCUCUGAUAUCGGACAUUAGCUGGUUAGCCGGGGAGCUCCCGAAAAGUACCGUCAGUUUCAUCCAGUCAUGUCUGCGGCCGGCGACUUCGGGAACCCUCUGAGGAAAUUUAAAUUGGUGUUUCUCGGGGAACAGAGCGUGGGAAAGACGUCGCUGAUCACCAGGUUCAUGUAUGACAGCUUCGACAACACUUACCAAGCCACAAUAGGAAUAGAUUUCCUGUCGAAAACGAUGUACCUUGAAGACCGAACAAUCCGGUUGCAGUUGUGGGACACGGCAGGGCAAGAGCGGUUUCGUAGCCUCAUCCCAAGCUACAUCAGAGACUCUGCUGCUGCUGUCGUAGUGUACGACAUCACAAAUGUCAACUCCUUCCAGCAAACCACAAAAUGGAUAGAUGAUGUGAGAACGGAGAGAGGAAGUGAUGUCAUUAUCAUGUUGGUGGGAAACAAGACAGACCUUGCAGAUAAAAGGCAAGUAUCUAUUGAAGAGGGUGAGCGGAAAGCCAAAGAACUAAAUGUAAUGUUUAUUGAGACUAGUGCAAAAGCGGGCUACAACGUAAAGCAGCUUUUCCGGCGUGUCGCAGCAGCCCUCCCUGGCAUGGAUACCACACAGGACAAGAGUAGAGAGGACAUGAUCACCAUACAACUGGAGAAGCCACCAGAGCUACCUGUCAACGAGUCAAGCUGUUCUUGCUAAUGCCAGUUUAUGUCAUUGUUUGAUAUUUCUCUCCUGGCUUUUUAUCAAACCCAGUUUUUUUUUUUCUGUACCUUUCACUGCACCCAUUUCUGUUCCCCAGCCUGAAAGAGCUCAGACACUACAGCCGUUAUACUUUGCUCUGAAAGCGCUCUCUAGAAGUCAUAAAUCACUCUCAAUGAAUAUUUGCACUGUAACACACAAACGAUACAACUGUAUUCACAGCUGUUGUCAUUUCGGAAGUCAUAGUGCUAUAGUUUGUCUAAAGAUGACUCUUUGAACCAAACUGGAAAAUAAAUCUGGUUAAGACAUCAAAUUAUGUGAGAAUAUUCUUGAAAGAAAAUAAAUAAAUAUUGCUUUAAGCUUAAUGCGCACAAUGUGGGAGUUGUGCGCAUUUGUCAGUAAACAUAUUUUCUGCUGUUGCAGGAUUCAUUCAUGAAUAUGUUCUUUUCUUUGAACUGUCUGGAAUAAUUAGUAGACAAGGUUGCAACGUUGUAUUGAGGUGAAUCAAUUGGAGCUCACGUUGACACGUAGCCUGUCCACCCACAAUGCCGGAGCUUCUUUUAAAUGCAGUGUGCUUUGUUGUACCUGUACCAGCAGUCACAGUUCUCCCAACAUGCACCAGCAAGAUAUGACAAGUGAAUACAGUCACACAUCACCGCAUGGUCUCCGACCAGCACAAACACAUGACACCUACUACAAGAGCAACACUAUCACUACCACAUUACCGUCCUUCCUCUCUUCCCACACUUGUCGCUUGAGAUGGGUUAUUUUUACCGUGGCUUCCAUUUUCUAUUACCUUUUUUAUUUGAAUAGAUUCUUCCAUUAUUUUUUUUUUCUAAAGACUACAGAUAUCAUAGAUUAAAACUAUUUCUUUGAAGAUAGUGAUUGAGAAGGAUGUUCUCAUAUAUUAAGUCAUAAUCAUAAAACCCACUGUAAACAUUACAUAUGGAGAUAUAUGGCUGUUGGAGUUCAAUUGUAGAGGACUUCCUCGGCUUUGGGUUUAUAUAGUUAAGUUUGAUAUGCUUGAUGAACACUUUAAUGGCUUUUAUUUCUUUUGUUUGUUAAUUUGUUGCUAUUGAUCUUUUGUUAGUGAUUAUUCUACAUGCGUAUUUAAUCCACAAUGACUUGUAAUAUUUAUUUCAAUUGGAUUAAUAUUUUUUGUUUUAUGGCUGUUAAUAUCUACACUUUUGGGUGCAAGUCCUGAAUCGCUAAUAUAAUAUGAAUUCAUCUGGAACACCUUUAGCAGAAGGAGUAGAGAGCCUCUUGUGUUCCCUCAACCACCUCUAAAGGGCAAUUUUACUGAUGAUACAGUGCAAUUUCUGUGUGAACUUAUAUGGAGGAGAGUCUGAUUUGUAUAGCAUAGCAGCCCCUAACGUUUCUGUCUGGAAUGAUUUUAAAUGAACAAAUAAAAAUACACUUGUCACUUCUG